AAAUUGACAGGACGAUGCUGAGCUGCAUUCCCAUCAUCAUAUGAGCAGAGGAGGAUCCCAACACACCGAUAGUGAAAGAAACAACGCCUCUGGAUCAGAAAACCUGUAUUAUAAUCCGAUAGAGCUUUAUCGCUGUAACCAUGUCCGCCGGAGGAGACUUGGGGAACCCUCUGAGGAAAUUUAAACUCGUCUUUUUAGGAGAACAGAGCGUGGGGAAAACAUCACUGAUCACCAGGUUCAUGUACGACAGCUUCGACAACACAUAUCAGGCAACGAUUGGGAUUGACUUCUUAUCAAAGACCAUGUACCUGGAGGACCGAACAGUGAGGCUGCAGCUGUGGGAUACAGCUGGCCAGGAGCGCUUCAGGAGUCUGAUUCCUAGCUACAUACGGGACUCUACUGUCGCUGUGGUGGUGUAUGACAUCACAAACAUGAACUCGUUCCAGCAGACCUGUAAGUGGAUUGAUGACGUUCGAACAGAGAGGGGCAGUGAUGUCAUCAUCAUGUUAGUGGGCAACAAGACAGACCUGGAGGAGAAGAGGCAAAUCACUAUUGAGGCGGGAGAGCAGAGAGCCAAAGAACUGAACGUGAUGUUCAUCGAAACUAGUGCCAAGACAGGCACCAAUGUCAAACAGCUGUUUCGGCGUGUUGCAGCAACCUUACCUGGGAUGGAGAGUUUGGACGAUGUGAACCCUGAAGGCAUGAUUGACAUAAAGCUGGACAAACCAGCAGAACCCACUGUCCCAGAGGGCGGGUGCUCGUGUUAAUGCAGAGCUGUCAGAUAUCUUUCUUCACACCAUAGGCUUGUUGUGUUGCUUCCUACUGGUUAGCUUCCAGUUGGCUUUUCUGAUUGGAUAUGGGCCUUACACCGUAUAUAUCCGAUUAGACGAAUCAAGUGUUAUUUCAGUCUUCAGUUGUAAAAUAUUGUAUACUUUGUCAAUAUGUAGCUAAGUGCCGGACAAGAAAAAAAAGAAAGAAAAAAAAAAAGGGAAAA